AUGUUGAAACCCUUCCAGAUCAGAGACCAACAAGGGUCUCCAUCUUCAAGUCCAGUGCAGUCUUCUGGCCCUCGAGGGGUUCGAAUCUCAGCCUCUGAUUAUGAUGACCUCGCCUCAAAUCAUCCUCGGGCGAGGUUAACCUACCUGGAUGACGAUGAUGGCGAUCAGAUUACGGUUGGGUCUUCUCUGGAACUGGCCCAACGUCUAGAUGAGCCCCUGGAGAUUGGGCCUAUGCAAUUCUCCCAAGAUGAACCAGAGCCGAUGCAUCUAUUUGAUAUCCGUCGAUCAAAUUCGGUAACGGAGCUGUGGAAAAGAUUUGAGAAUCAAUCCAUCGGGGGUCCUCAGAUUCCUGAAACAAAGAACGAUGGACCUGCAUCGGCUCGCGAGGAACCCCCCUUGCAACUCAGUGCCACUGCUGUCCCUGACUCUCAGCCCUUGCUAGCAGCAUUUGAGGCUGAGUUGGCCAAUAUUCUUGGCUCAUCAGAGGACCCUGCUGAGAGAGCACCUCAAGCUGAACCGUCGCCUACGACUGAGUCCUCGACAAAUGCCAAUCCUCAAACAGUGCCCCAUAUUGCCGAGGCUAUUGCGGCGCAGAUAUUACAUCACUUGGCUAAUGGCGCCAAUCUGGUUCAAUCUGAGCUCAGGACAAGACUGCCGGAUUUGCAGCGUCAAGUUCGUGAUGCCCAGAUACAUCUGCCCGAGAACAUUGGCGCAUCGCUGCAAGCUCUGCUUAGUACACUCGAAGCCCAUAUGAGAACUGCUUUCAACAAUUUACCGGAUAACGGAAGACAGUGGGCGGACAAUGGGAGACAUUGGGCAGAAGAAGCAAUUCAUGCAGGGCGGCCUGUGGCUGAAAAUGCCGCCGAAAGCGUUCGAAUGAUGGCCUCCGAGUUCAACGAAGUUGGCCGCACUUUGUUUGCUGCUUUUGAACAUGAAUUUGGGCGCCCUACGCCACAGGGAACGAACGCCCCGCAUGAUGGGUCGAAUACUGCCUCUGCCGCUUUCGUGAACGGUUCAAGCAAUGUCUCCGCCGCGUCGGCCAAUCCUCCGGCUGAGUCUCGCCCCGCGGAUUCUAACUCUGAGGCAAAGACUAGUAGGGGAGAUGACCACACACCAGCGGCAGAACCUGCAACUAGCAGCCAUGCAACGCCCCCGAUUAAUUCUUACAGUCAAGCUGCACGACGCUUCUCUCCUCCUUUCGGUGCUCCUAUUGUAUCGAGCUUUCCAUACCAUGUACCUCAGCCCGCGGUGUGUCCCCCGGCCUAUCACCCACCCUAUCCCAUGCCCCCAUCCUACCAGAUACCCUACUCAAGCUCUGGUGGCUACCACGCCCACCCUCCCCAUUCCUCCAACUCAGUAAGCGCUGAGGUACGCCCAUCCUACACUAAUCCUUACGGCCCAGGCUCCCCUCCUUGGGUUAAACGUUUGCCUACAUAUUCGACCCACCGACAUGGGCCUCUACCAGUGCUAUCCGGAGAAAUUUCGUCGAGUACUGUGGACAAACAAACGGAAGAGCCUGAAAAUAAAACCCUGUUCAUUGGAAACAUUGGGUUCAACGUAACUGAAAGAACUAUCCAAGAUGUUUUUGCCUCAAAAGGGUACAUUGUCACGGUGGAUCUUCCAUUGGAUGCCGUGUCAGGCAAACAUGCAGGCUUUGGCUACCUGCAUUUCCCCUCGAUCCACCCAGCCAUAUCCGCUAUGGGUUCGUUGCAGGGUACUCACAUUGACGGCCAUGCGAUCAACCUGGAAUUCAGUGACUUUGUGCCCACCCAAGAUGUCAGUACCCAGGGUGUGACCAAUCCUACCGAUCAGCAUCAGCCACUUAAAUCAAAAUCAGGUCCGAAGACUCCUGAUGCCUUCGGUGUGGAGCAAAAUCAGAACACCCCAAUCAAACGCCGGAAAUCAGUCACUUUUCAAGUAUCAGAUCAGUCCUCCAAAGACACCGCACAUCAGUCUAGCGAUGCAGUAAAAGCAGUUACCCCAUCAGCAAAGGAAGCAUCAUCCCCUCUUAUCGAUUUGUCUAUUGACGAGUCUGCCUCUGAAUCACGGAUUCGGCAUGACGUGCCUGUCAACUUGGAUUCGGAAUUAGAGAUGAGUCGAUUUCCACCUGUUUCCCAGCUGGAUGCCCAUCAUUUGGCGACUCAACGUCAACGUGGAAUGGCUUCCAACAGUCAGGCUGUCAAACAUAGUGACUCCACUCCUGCAUUCACAGCAGAUCUUCCCCGAAGAUCGCGUACCAUUGCCCAUCCUCAAGGUCAAGGUAAUCGUAGCGAUGCCGGGCCUGGCCUUCGUCGUGCGAGCACUAUUACGUCUUCAGCGGGACAAGAGAAUUCCAACGCGGUAGAUCUACGAGCUCUUGACGAAGUCAUGGGUUGGCCUAGUAUGCGACGUCGAGCCAGUGAGCGUCAAGCACUUGACACAGUUGCCCGUCCCGCCCGCGGUCUAGAUACGUGGGCGCGAUUGGACAGAAGGGAGCGCGAGCGGUCCAGAUCGUCUCAACACAGUAUUCCUGGGAGCUUUCCUGCCGAAGUACCCCAAUCCAGUUCACUCGAGGUCCGUGACAUGGAAGAUGCUAUUGAAAGCUGUGUCUCUUCGCUCAUUAAAAUGGGGUAUGGAAGUGCUGAAGAUGGUGGUCGGGCCCGGAUGGAGAUAUAUGCUGCCGCAUCCAAUGGCAGUCUAUUGGAUGCCAUCGAGAUGAUUGAAGAUGAGCGGAAGGCUUAUGCUCGCCAUGCUCAGAAGUAA